GAGAGUUGGUAAUAACCCUAACAUCAUUGGUGUUCUUUUUUAAGGCAACGUGAGAGAGAUCUGACAUCGCCGCCCAGACAACACUCAUCUCUCACUCGCCUCCUCCUCCGCCGAAAUGGAAUCCCAGAAGAAUUCUCUGAUCCCUAGCUUCCUCUAUUCCUCCUCCUCAUCGCCGAGAUCCGUUCUCCUCGAUCAGGUCCUGAGCUCCAACUCCAACGCCGCGUUUCAAUCCCCCUCCAAUCUCAUCGAGAAGAAGUCUCCUUCUCCGACGAUGGCGUCUCGUAAGAGCUUCCUUAUCGCGUCUCCCACGGAGCCAGGGAAAGGGAUCGAGAUGUACUCUCCCUCCUUCUACGCCGCGUGUACCUUCGGCGGGAUUCUCAGCUGUGGUCUCACUCACAUGACCGUUACUCCUCUCGAUCUCGUCAAGUGCAAUAUGCAGAUUGAUCCGGCCAAGUACAAGAGCAUCUCGUCUGGUUUUGGGGUUCUGCUGAAAGAGCAAGGAGUCAGAGGCUUUUUCCGUGGAUGGGUUCCUACUUUGUUGGGUUACAGUGCUCAGGGCGCUUGCAAGUUUGGUUUUUACGAGUUCUUUAAGAAGUACUACUCUGAUCUCGCCGGGCCUGAGUUCGCUGCCAAGUACAAGACUCUCAUCUACCUCGCCGGUUCUGCUUCCGCUGAGGUUAUCGCUGAUGUUGCGCUUUGCCCGUUUGAAGCUGUCAAGGUCCGGGUUCAGACACAGCCUGGUUUCGCCAGGGGAAUGUCUGACGGGUUUCCCAAGUUUGUCAAGACCGAAGGAUACGGAGGCUUGUACAAGGGUCUUGCACCACUCUGGGGACGUCAGAUUCCUUACACUAUGAUGAAGUUUGCUUCGUUUGAGACCAUUGUCGAGAUGAUCUACAAGUAUGCUAUCCCCAACCCCAAACACGAGUGCAGCAAAGGUCUGCAGCUCGGUGUGAGUUUUGCUGGAGGAUAUGUUGCUGGAGUGUUCUGCGCAAUUGUCUCCCACCCUGCAGAUAAUUUGGUGUCAUUCCUCAACAAUGCCAAGGGAGCAACCGUUGGAGAUGCGGUGAAGAAGAUAGGUAUGGUGGGACUAUUCACUAGAGGGCUUCCUCUAAGAAUUGUCAUGAUCGGGACAUUGACAGGAGCACAGUGGGGUUUAUAUGAUGCCUUCAAAGUCUUUGUUGGCCUGCCAACCACCGGUGGUGCUGCUCCAGUCCCUGCUAAAUGAUGAUGAAAAUGGUUAGGAUUUUUGUUUGGAGAAAAAAACAAAUAAGAUAAACAUAUGAGGAAGAGUGAGCUCAUUCCCGGAUUAUUUUUUUUUUUGGAAUUUGUGUUACUUAAUUCAGGAUUGUUCCCAUACUUAAGGAUAGAGAGAGUGGGCUCAUCCAUUUUUACUACUUUUUGCUGUUUCAUUUGAAAAUCUCGAUUUGUUGCUACUUUUUGUUGGUCUCCUCAACUUACGGCUCUACUUUUCGCCCAAGAA